AUGGAAGACAUAAAAUAGGUUCCAUCCUUUCUAAUAAAAUUGUACGAAAUUCUUGAAGUAAUUAUAACCCGCUAUUCUUGAGUCUGAAUAAGCGGUGAUAUGUUGGAACAAGGAGGGAACAACAUUUUAGAUCCAAGACCCUGGGUUAUUGACGGAUCAAAUUCUGCCGCAAUACUUCAAGCAUCGUAAUUACCAGAGUUUCUUAAGGUAGGGAAUGCGUUAAUCGGCUUAGGCAGCUUAAUAUGUAUGGCUUUAAGAAAUUGAAAAAUAAAUAAGGGAAGAAUGAGUUCGUACAUUAACAAUUCAGAAAAGGAGUUAAGUAUGAGUGACCUUAUUAAACUAAGAAACAACUUGCUCAAGAUUAAGCGUCGAAAUCAGGAGGACAUAAAGCAGAGUUUCGAAACUCUGACCAAGGAAUUCUAAUCGGAAUCAUAUUUAAGUGAGCAUGAGAAAAUGAGAAAGCAGUUAAUGCAAAUGCAGUAAGAGCAGUAGAAAAUAUUGUAUGAAAUCAGAUUCUAAAUGGAUCGCAAUCAUAAGUUGUAAAGAGAGACUCAAGAUAUCAUCGAUGUAAGUUACUAUGAAUUGAUAUAGAAAAUACACCAAAUAAAAAACUAUUCGGUGGCAAAACUUAAUAAACUCAUGAUUAUUAUAUAGAAGUUGCCUCAAGAUGCCCAAAUCAGCAAGAUGGCUAUGUUGAAGGAUAAGAUCUUACGUAAAUUGGAAACGAUUGAAUAAGACAAUUGUCAAUUAAAAGAUAUCUCUUUUGAUAAGCAAGAAUCAAAUAGUUAUUAUGAGCCAAAUUUAACAGGAGUUAGAAGUCCUGCUGGAUACUCACCUAAAACUAAAUGA